AUGGCUCCCACCAUCAAGCUCUACUACUUCCCAAUGGCCUGCAGCCUGGCGCCCCACCUCAUCCUCGAAGACUCCGGCCUCACCUACGAAUCCGUCAAGCUCAACUUCCGCGACCCAGCCGCCAAAGAAGAGUACACCAAGACCGUCAACCUCAAAGGCCAGGUCCCAGCCCUCUCAAUCGACGGCGAGGUCAUCACAGAGAUCCCCGCCAUCCUCACCGCCAUUUCGCAGCUGGCCCCCGAGAAGAAGUACACCGGCGACAGUCCCAAGGAUGUGGUGCGUUUCUACGAGUGGAUUGGGUAUCUCGGCAGCGCGGUGCAUGCGAAGGCUUUCGGAGCGGUGUUUGCGCCGUAUAAGGUGACGGACGACAGCAGUGCGCAGGAAGGUGUCAAGGCCAAGGGCAAGGAGAACUCUCGUGCGGCGCUAGCUUUUAUUGAGAAGAAUCUGGCUGGGAUCAAGACCAAGUUUGCUUUGGGCGACCAUUUGACGGGCGUGGAUGCUUAUCUUGCGGUGUUUGUGAACUGGGCGAAAUUCCAUGAGACGUGGGAUGAGAAGGCUUAUCCUAGCUAUAAUGCGCUGUUUGGGAGAAUCACGGAGUUGGAUUCGUACAAGAGGGUGCUGCAGCACAAUGCUUUGUGA